AUGGCAACACAGCAACAAGAUGAGGGUCCCGAGACCACGGAUGUGAUAAUAUGUGGAUGCGGCCCUACUGGGGCAUUGCUAAGUGCGCUCCUAGGUCGAAUGUCCGUCAAGAAUGUAGUAUUGGAGAAAGAGAAGGACAUCGUGACCGAUCCUCGUGGAAUUGCUCUGGAUGAGGAUGGAAUUCGACUACUCCAGGAGAUAGGUUUGUACGAGCAGAUAUACGGCGAGAUUGGACAACACAUUGGAUGGACAUUAUUCACCUCUGGAAAGCAUGGGCUCAUGACCAAGCCAUUCAUGAAAAUGAAUUUAAACUCCACUGAAGGAGGUACUGGCCAUGUUGCUGCUAUCGCCCACAAGCAGCCUGUGAUGGAAAAGCAUCUCCGCAUGGCCGCGAACAGCUGCCCUAGCUCACAGCUGCGGCUUGGGUCGACUAUUGUGGGUAUAGAAGAGAAUGAGGACUCUGUCCAAGCACAAUAUAUCGACAACAAUGGCACAGAGCACACCAUUCGGGGGAAGUUCUUCGUGGGAGCAGAUGGUAAGACCGGGUUUACACGUAAACGCUAUCUGGAACCAAAAGGUGUCCUCCUCCAAACACUUUCCGGCUACGAGUAUCAGGAGACGUGGGUUGCGAUGAACUGGCACAUGGAUCUCCCCACGCCAGAGACACACCCAGGAUUUCCCCUUUGGAAACUGAAUUACUCCCCUGAACAAGUCUACGAUAAAUUCUUUCCACCAAACUUUCGAUUUAUUGGCAAUCCUGAGAGGCCCUCUGUCUGCGGAAGCUUCGGCCCCCGGAGCGAUAGACUCUGGCGGUUUGAAUUCGUGGUGGACCAAGGGGAGGAUCCGCAGGAGAUGGCUACUUGGGAGAAGACGUCUGAGAUUGUCUUACCAUACUUGACACACCCAGGCGCUGAUUAUGGUUUGAAAGAUGCUGUGCAAUACCCCCUGGAUUGUAUCCACGUUCUGCGGUCGAGACCUUUCACCUUUGCUGCUAGAAGCUGCAACAAAUGGACUGUCGGAAGACUGAUACUGUGCGGUGAUGCUGCCCAUGUUAUGCCUCCAUUUGGCGGCCAAGGAAUUGUCUCAGGAUUUAGAGACGCUUCAGGGAUUGCAUGGAGGCUCGCACUAGCUUGUCGACCCGACUUCGAUGGAAGCUUUGAAACGCUUUUCAAUGGAUGGUUUCUGGAACGAAAGCAGCAGCUUGACCACUCACUUGCUGCUACAGUGGCCAACGGAAAUCUCACCACCGCCCGGGAUCCCACGAAGAUCUUUCUCCGGGACUGGAUCCUGUGGCUGAUGCAGCUUGUCCCCAGCUCCAGACAUAAGCUCGAAUUGGGUCCUCGUGCAUACGGCAUGAACCGAUACGCAUUCAACGCCGGGAUGGCGUUUCUUCCCGAUCUAGCGGGUGGACGCUGUUUCCCACAAGUCUACUGUUGUCCAGCGUUCCCUUUGACCAGAAAUUUGGUAGCAAAUGUCCGCUUUACAGACGACGUUUUCUUCCAUGAUCCAAGAAGCAACGCGCUCCUGCGGCUUAUUGUCGUGAUUGAUAAUAUGGAGCAAGCAGAGGAAGCGUGGUUGGAACUCAAAACCCUGGACCUUGAAAAAACCUCCAACAAUGAAGUUCUCAAGGAUUCCGCUUUCUUCCUCGUCCAUUCUCCAUUGCUCGAGAAUCGCACAGCAAGCACCUCGUCGGAUGUCCCCCAUCAGAGCGUUUAUCGCAUAGCAACUGGGGACGAGUUCGCCGUGUCAGACCUUUGUAGGAACCGGCCUUACCCGACAGGAUACGACAUGUAUCGCAUCAAAAAGGACAUGGGAGGGAGAAAGUACGUUUUGGUCCGUCCCGACCGAUUUGUCUACGCCGCCUGUCACACUGGUGUAGAGCUCAUUGCUGCUUGCGAACGCAUCCCACAGACAUUGUGCGGAUCUUCUAGUACGACAAGACCGCGCGAUUCGAAGCUCUAG